AUGAGGACGUGCCGCAGACUGACGCAGCAGACGUGUCCAGGGCCGGAGCUGAGGCAGGCCAUCCGGAGCACGAGCCCAUGUUUUAUUUGUUUAGCAACAAAAGAAGAGUCUGAGAGAUUUAGAGCUCUGUGUAAAGAGCACGUGUCAGACGCAGAGGGCCUGGGCCACAGAGAGGAUGCCCCUGAGGAGCGGCGGGUGCAGAAGCCUCGCGGCAGGCGGCGGCCGCGGGUGCUGUUCUCGCAGGCGCAGGUGCUGGAGCUGGAGCGGCGCUUCAAACAGCAACGGUAUCUGUCGGCGCCGGAGCGGGAGGCGCUGGCGGCGUCGCUGCGCCUCACGUCCAAUCAGGUGAAGAUCUGGUUCCAGAACCGUCGCUACAAGUGCAAGCGGCAGCGUCAGGACCGUACGCUGGAGCAUGUGCCGCCGCCGCCACGCCGCGUGGCCGUGCCGGUGCUGGUGCGGGACGGGAAGCCUUGCCUUGGAGGCGCGCAGAGCUACAGCCCCGGUUACGCACACGGUUACAGCUACGGCGGCUACGGCGCGUACACGUACAGCGCUCCACCGUGUCCCAGCAACUUCAGCUGCACCUACAGCGGACUGCACGCACUGCCGCCCAACAACGGCUCCUACACCAGCGCCAACCUGGCAACCGCACAGGCGCAGACACAGGGCCCCAUGAGCGCCUGCCAGGGCAUCCGGGCGUGGUGA